GAACAUGAUGUGCCACUAGCCACUGACACGUCUGAUCUGCUUGUUCUCUCAGUCUAUGUGUCCAAGUAUAUGUGGCAGCUAUCUGUAUGCCAUGUGGACUUUGAAAUUGGUUUGGUCCUAUAGUCCACCAUGCCACAUAGAAAAUCAUACAACACAGUCUUCAGUGAAGUCACUCCCACAGCAAAUCACCAAUAAAUGCUGGAAGUAUUUCCAUCAAGAGGCCACUGUGGUUCAAGCCAGCAGGAAUCAAGUGUGGUGUAAUAACAAUUUCUGCAUGACGCUGUGGUAAAGAUGGAUUUAGUUGAAGAGAGUGAAGACGUCAGUGAUGCUGAAUCCUGCAAGUUGAAUGAUGAAGAGGCUGAAGAACAAAGAGAACUGAUGGAAUCGAACAAGGAAUGUCAAGCACAAUAUAAAAAGGAGGAGAAUCAGGAAGAUCCCAAUUCUGUAACUGGAGAAAACUCUUUUAGUGGUUCACACACUUCAGAGGGUUUCUCACAUGAAAGCACAGAAGCCAAAAAAUAUUUUGCAUGCCACCAUGGUGGAAAGACUUUUUCACACAAAAAAGGACACCUGAAGUAUCACAUAAGAAUUCAUACUGGUGAAAGGCCUUACAAGUGCCCUCAGUGUGAAAAGACUUUUACUCAAAAAGGCCACCUUAGGGAUCAUAAAAUAACUCAGACUGGUGAGAGGCCAUUCACAUGCCCUCAGUGUGGAAAGGGUUUCAUGAGUAAAGGAAACCUUAAUGUUCACAUUAAAAUUCACACCAGAGAGAGGCCUUUCACUUGUCCGCAGUGUGGAAAGACUUACACGUGUAAAGGACACCUUAAGGAACACAUAGGAGCUCACACUGGAGAGAAGCUGUUCACAUGUCCUCAGUGUGGGAAGAGCUUCACACAACGAGGACAUUUGAAGCAUCACAUAAGAAUUCACACAGGUGAGAGGCCUUUCUCAUGCCAUUUGUGUGGUAAAGGUUUCACUCAGACGCAAAGCCUCAAAUUUCACCUGCAGUUUCACUCUAGAGAAAACAGUGUGGUCAAAAAUUUGUUUUGAAGUCAUUGCUGAGAAGACACGUGAGGAUGCAUUCAAACGAGCAGCCUUAUUUGUGCUCUGUUUGUGGGAAGAGUUUUCUAUUUCUUGACUAUUUUAAACAGCACCAGAAAAUACAUAGCAGUGUGAAGUCUCAUGUUUGCUCUGAAUGUGGAAAUUCCUUCGUGACAGCCAGAGACUUGGAGAGGCACAAAAGUAUCCGUACUGGAGAAAAACCUUUUGAAGUGCUCACAUUGUGGAAAAGGUUUCACUGAGUCUAGAAACCUGAUAAAACAUGAAAGAGUGCACACUGGAGAGAAGCCGUACCACCGCCUUUCAUGUGGGAGGAGUUUUAGACAAUCACAUAGCCUCAUGUAGAAAAGCACUGUCCAAAAGUGAACACAGCGUCCAACCUUCAGGCUUCAGUUCCAAACGCAUUGUGUGAAAUUCAAAAGAACCCGAUGAUAGAAUCUGUCCAACAAUAGUAGGAAUAAGGCCUGUUCACACAAAGACUGUUCAGUGUGAUAAACAUUUUAAUUUGAAUGCACUUAAUGUGUCUGUUUAGACCGAGAUGAACAUAAGCAUGCAGUACAUGCAACAUUUUUUGAGAACAGGUGUUGUAAUCUGUUUUCCAUUGCACUGCGAAGAAAACUGGCCAACCAUUAAGAACUGCACUUUUGGUCACAUGCCCAGAGCCACUGCUGUUACAUAAAACUACUAUUGGUGCCACUUACAAAAAGACUAUUUUGCUAAAUGGUAGUAAAUAGCAGAGAAAGAAUCCGGAACUAGCUCUCUUGUCUCUGUACACUUGUUUUGGUUUUGUUUGAUAAAACUAUAGUGAAUACAAAAGACUGAAAUACUGUUUCAAAACUUCGUUUCUGCUUCAAUACCACCUAAUGUCAGUGAAUUAGCAUUUUCAUUUAGCCUGUAUGCCAUUUAACACAUUAAUCUGCAAAGUCAAAUCACGUGGAAAA